AUGGCUCGGAGAACCCAGCUUCUGUUGGCGGAUAUCGAGAUUGUGAUCCCUCGGCAGAAGGAGUGGGGUGUGGGUGAUGUCGAAAAGCUGAAGACCAAGGAAGGUAGUAGUCUGAGCACUGGCAGUGCGAAAGCCUGGUUGGGACAUUUGGAGGUUUUGAGAUGGUACGUCGGUUUGAAGAGGUUCCUCGCCUCAAGCCACGAGACAGUUCUCAUCAUCGAAGACGACACUGAUUUCGACAUCUUCAUCCGCCACUCUCAGAUCCCUCUCCUAUCAUCCGCGGUACGCUCUUUGCUCGACAAGGGUGUCACUGAGGACUCAUCAUCAGCAUACUGGGCUUCCACCAACAGCUGGGACCUCCUCUACCCCGGCCACUGCGACGACUUGAUCUCCACGGCCUACCUCUCCCAGCCUUCCCUUCUGUACCGCGACCCCACUGUGCCUCCCACUCCCCUCCUUCACCCAGACACCGCUCUUUUUCUCUCCUCUCUAUCUAUACCCUCUAAAGCUCGGUUGCUACACAGAAGCUUUUGGCCGUUCUGCACGUUUGCCUACGCCAUGAACCGCCGGUCUGCCGCCAUGAUCCUCUCUACCUACUCCAAGGAACCGGAAGGUGGCAGUUCGGCAUACGAUGUUGCCCUGUUGAGCGCGUGUAGGGACCGAGAUUGGAAGUGUUGGAGUGUAGCUCCGGAAUUGUUCCAUCACGGUCUCGGGCAUUCGGAAAUAUUUAGGGCAGACACAGAGGAUGGGAAGAACGCGGAAGAGAGAGACGAGAGGGGGAGUAUGAGGGGGACGUGGAAUUUGGGGUGUGGGGCUAGGCAUAGGCAGCUGUGGGUUAAGGAGACAGAUAAAGACAUGAGGAGUCUGGUCAAGGAGAGCGUGAGGAAUGCAAUUCAGAGUGGAGAAUGUCCGAUUGAUGCGGUCAUGGAGGAAGAGAGUUGGAAGGGAUGUGAGUAUGGAGAAUGUGGGGCGCAGUCCUGA